AUGGAGGGCAACUGCUCCGCCGAGUAUGAGAGAUACCUGACAAUUCCGAGAGAAAAUGCCACCAUCGAUUGGUUUACGGGAGGCGGCAACACGAACAGGCUUGCUCAGCCCGUAGCAAACUGCAUUCUGGGCAACACAUCUGAGUACAUCAUGAGCAAUAUGGCAGCUGCCGCAGUCGUCCUCGGCCUCAUGCCAACGAUACUCGCCACAGUCGGUAACAGCGUGGAAGAGACCUCGACGCUCUGCGUUAUUGGCCAAAGACCACUCAUCGCCUUGCUCGUGGCUGCUGGAUCGCCUGCCAUCCAUCCCGUUCGAUCGUUCAAGUACAUGGAUCCGAUGAAGCUGGUCAAGUCCCGGCGAUACCGUUUACGCACCGAACGAUCGUCCGCACCGCUCAGGAGGGUUGCGCUUGCGAUCGAACUCCUCGCUGCAGUUGUAGCCAUUAUCAAUACAUACACGCUUUGCAAUCAGCUAGGGGUCAUGGUUGUCAGUAUGCUCGCUCCUCAGCUGACUUACUUGGAGUUUCUCUGGAGCAUCAUCGGCAUCAGCUCCCACGUCUCCGCGGCCGCUAGCUUGUGGGCUCGAACUAAUAUCAAGUCUGGUAUUUCACGACGUGAAUAUAUCAUGGAAGUCCUUUCUCGACAGUUCAAGCCCCUUGAUGAGCAAGAUUGGACUAAUGCUAUGAUCGGCGAAGAUGAAACCUACCUGUCAAUGGUGUUGUCGUACUUCACAUCUCUUUUAGGUACAUGUCAUCUCAUUUACGGGAGCAUGUUAUUCUCCAGUCUUGUUUUCAUCUCUGCAACAGAUAGUCUGAAGAUCAUGGCUCGCUACAUGGCAUCGGCGAUGGUUAGCAGGUUUAUCCUCAUGUAUGAGCUCUUCUGGCUACGAGAUAUCCUCGGGGAAAAGAAAGAGCCGUUUUCAACAAAUGAAUCCAUUGAGUUGACCCAAGCAGCUGAGAUUCCGGAACAAGGCGUAAAGAGGUAUCAGAUAAGCACGGCUGAUUUGGUGACUUAUAGAAGUAUAGAGUAG